UGAAAAGGAAGAUGAAAUGCACAUUUUCAUUCAUUCUGUCGAUAACACUUAGUUUGAUCAUCGUGUUGCUUCACGAAUUCUUCGAAUGUCAAGAUGUUUAUGAAAAAAGAGCUUUACUAGAAAAAGAGUUCGUAAUUCAUGAAAAUGGUUCACAUCGAUAUUCUUUUCGAUUUGGUUAUUUACAGAAAAUUAGUCUUAAUCAGUCACAUCCGGUUGUGAAUGGCAGUUUCAACAAAUUCACUGAUAUUCAAAGUUUCACACCGAAAUUCCCGUUCAAAUAUUUUGAUACUGAAGUCAAAAGAUUUGAUUUUUACUCUACUGGUAUAAUAAGUGUAUUCAAAGAAGAAUACUUCGGAUUGAUUAUGGGUCACCGUUCAUUGGAUAACAAUGCCGAAUAUGAGGUUUUGAAUAGCAAGGAAUUACUUGCUGCUAAAUGGUCUGUCAAAAGUGAAGAGGAGGAUGGUACACGUUCCUAGAAAAAUUGAUGAAACAAAGUGGUUGUCGAAGAUCGCCUAUGUGAACAAGUCUAGAAACGAUUAUGAAUUUGUUGUUCCUGUUGAAUGGAUAAAAAGUGCCGUGUUGCUGGAGUUUGAAUACAUCGGGAGUACGUUGAAACUUAUUUAUUCAGCAAUAAUUAUUUUCACACUUGAAUACAUCGCUGUUGUCUCACCAAACCAAAAAUUGUAUGUGUAUCUGUAAUCAACUAUUAAAUAACAUACAGUCAUCUGCCAGUGACCAAAAGCUGUUACUAUUAUCAUCAAAGAAUGUUGUUCGAUCCGAAUAAUCUGGAACAUUAACUGACAACACACAGAGAAGAAUGCGGUCACACACUUCCACAUAUUUCAUCAUCGUAGGUCGACUGAAAAAUUUACAAGAAAAGUGUCAUUGAUGAGUGCAAAAACAGUGACAUCCUUCGUUUGUUGUUCCAAUCGGGCAACGUCAUUGAACAUGAAUCUUCAGUCUAAGAACAACUGAAUUUGCUAUGAAUGAAAUAUUCAGUGAUCUACCAAAUCACCAUUGUACAAUUGAUUUCUCGUUUCAUGUCUUGUUAUUAACUUACCUUGUAUUCGAUAACCUGAAAUGAAAUCGCAUUAUUCUUUUCACAGCCUAUUGUCCAAAAUACAAUUCGAGUGAGGCAUGCAACAGCUUGUCAACAUUGAAUACACAUUGUAUUUGGUGUGAAAGAACAAACACGUGCAUGGUUAUUACUGAUAAGGAUGCUCAUAGCUUGAAAGUGAAUGAUUGUCACGUUAAGGUUAGUACAUUCGUACUGACCGAGAACCUCACGGAAACUACUGAACGGACUGAUCAAUAUUCGGUGAGUAUUUGCGUUUUGACAAAUAAUCCCAAACGUUUGUUUCAUUCAGGAUAUAACUACCGAAACAACUAAAGACAGUAAACAGAACGAAACACUUCAGUGCUUAUAUGUUGUGAUAAUUUUGGUCAUCACCUUCUUUGUUUUAUGCAUCGUUUGUAUUUUGGGGAGAUGGUUGUA